CACACACACACACACACACACCCUGGCUGAUUUUACAGUCAAUCUUUCAAAGUGCAAUUUGUCUUGGAAAAGCCAAUGUGAGGCCCGUGUGGGUUUCGACCAAUGGCGCCGCACCUCUCAUAGCUCAGCCAGUCUCCGGUCUGUAUUCUAAUGGGCCAUAUCUUUAUCAGGGAAAUGUUGCUUCUCUGAACUUAAAACUUCUCAUGGAGGGUCCCCAGACUCAGAGGCAGAGAAGGGGUCUGAGCUGAAGCGUGGGGAGCCGCCUUUCUCCAGGACAGACAGAGAGGGAAGGGGCGCUGGUGAGGCCUCUCACCUGCCCCAGAAGCACCUGACUUCCGAGGAGCUGACGCAGGUGCCAGGUCCCCAGGCCAGGGCUGGGCCGGAUAUCUUAGGUGGGAGGGCAAUCUGGGGCUCGGCCGCUUUUGACCCUUCAAACCUGCCAUGGGCUUCUGGGUCAGAGCUUGGGGUCUCUGGCUUUAGGGGCCUGGAUUUGGGCUUCUCACCUCCCCUCACCCCAACCCGAAGAUCAUGGAGUCCAACCUGCAGGGCACAUUCCUGCUGAACAACACGCCACUGGCCCAGUUCUCGGAGAUGAAGGCCCCCGUGUGCCAGUACUCGGUGCAGAACUCCUUCUACAAGCUCAGCCCUCCGGGGCUGGGUCCCCAGCUGGCCGCCGGGACCCCCCAUGGGAUCACAGACAUCCUGAGCAGACCUGUGGCCACGCCGAACAGCGGCCUCCUCUCCAGCUACCCUCACGUGGCAGGCUUUGGUGGACUUGGCUCCCAGGGGGUCUACUAUGGACCCCAGGUGGGGAAUUUUCCCAAAGCUGGCAAUGAGUACCCCACCCGGACCCGGAACUGCUGGGCGGACACGGGCCAGGACUGGCGAGGCGGGCGGCAGUGCGGCAACACCCCGGACCCCCUGAGUGACAGCAUCCACAAGAAAAAGCACACCCGGCCCACCUUCACGGGACAUCAGAUCUUUGCCCUGGAGAAGACCUUUGAACAGACCAAGUACCUGGCUGGCCCUGAGAGGGCACGGCUGGCAUACUCAUUGGGGAUGACCGAGUCGCAGGUCAAGGUGUGGUUCCAGAACCGAAGGACCAAGUGGCGGAAGAAGAGCGCGCUGGAGCCCUCGUCCUCCACGCCUCGGGCCCCGGGCGGUGCAGGCGCGGGCGGGGAGCGCGCGGCCUCGGAGAACGAGGACGACGAGUACAACAAGCCGCUGGACCCCGACUCGGACGACGAGAAGAUCCGGCUGCUGCUGCGCAAGCACCGUGCCGCCUUCUCGGUGCUCAGCCUGGGCGCGCACAGCGUGUGACGCCCCCCUCGCCCGCCCCCACCCCUGCGUCUCAGCAGAGGCCCGACCGCAGCCCCUCCCCUGCCCUGCGGGUGGGGUGGGGGGUCCCAGGGACGAGGGCUCCCCCGGCGCCGACGUGGAGGGAGGGGAGGAGGGAGAGAAGGGGGAGGACCGGGGGCGGAGGUGGUGGUGAAGGGGGCCGGUCUAGCUGAGGGAGGAGGGAGGUACAAACGCGGCCCGAGCCCUGGCACCUCUGGGCCUUUCUGCACCUCUGGGGGCCCAGGCCUUGACCUGCCAGGCCCGCAAACUCGUGAGCGCACGGGUGGAUGGAAGCGACCUGGCUCCAGAGCCAGGAAACUGGCUGUGGGGUCCCAGACGUGCCACUGUGAUUUGGAUGGCGGGGCGGGGCGGGGGGGGGGGGGCACCCCCAGGGAGGCAGUCGGCCUGGGCAGAGGUCUCCCUUCCACCCUCGGAGUUGGGAGACCAGGGUGCUGGGUCCAGAUGGGCUACUGGCCGACUGCAGAAGAAAAGAUAGCACGUCCGGGUUCCCUCCUCAGACCUUGGCACAGGAAGGAUCCCACUUGAGAGGCCAGAACUAAAUACAGGACCUGGACUGGAGGAAAUCCACCUCCGGGAGGGCAAGUGGGUCCCAGCGAAGAAGAAACGCCUCUGACAUCCUAACUCAAGGAUCACACCCCUGGAGGGAAAGGUUCUCCUGGUCUCCUUUCUCCACUUUGCCCUCAGCGGGGAUUCCCCCAGAAGAGGGAGCGACUAGAACCCCACCCCCCACCCCACCCCCACCACCCCGGCUGGGAAAGAGACAGGAAGAGGCAGAGAAAAGUUGAGAGAAUCCUAGGGGUCGGUGCUGCACCCCAGAGCCGUCCCCUUGGGCUGCCCUCGGUGCUGAUACAAGGGCAAGAUCACCCGGGGAGAGGGAAGGGAUGGCAGGGCUGGAAGGGACUUCAGAACCCCCGGCUUCUCCAACUGGGGUACCCCACGCAGGAAGGGAGAGGCCCCUGCAGGGAGGGGCUGCAGGACCCCCACCUCUCCCCGGCCCCGGGCCCUUCCUUUCCUGAGACCGCCCCGCGGCAGGCGCUGGAGCCUGCGCAGUGGAGGGCACUGUCCAGCGGGGUGGUGUUUUGCAGCCCAGGUGAUGCUGAGCAGCCGGCAGGUGGGAGGGGCUGGGGGAGGCGGGCGGGGAGGAGUGCAGCCCAAAAGGGACCGAGCGUUUGCCCAUCUUU